AUGGUGGCCAACAAUCAGGAGAGUGAAGCACUGCCCGCGACGUCAGCGGUAACUGGACUGCCACAGAAGCGUUUCUACCGUCAGCGAGCACACUCAAAUCCCAUAGCAGAUCACAGCUUUGAUUAUCCUGCCCGGCCAGAGGAUGUGGACUGGCGCUCACUGUAUCCGAAUAUUGGCAACGAUCAACAAGUGAAAUUUGCCGAUAUUGGCUGCGGCUACGGCGGAUUCCUUGUGACCCUCGGCGAAAUGUAUCCCGAAAAGUUGGCCAUUGGCAUGGAGAUACGAGUGAAGGUCUCUGACUAUGUGGUCGAUCGCAUUGCAGCGCUUAGGUUGAAAAACGCUAAUGCAGCGACUAACUACCAAAACAUUGCCUGCAUACGCACCAAUGCGAUGAAGUAUUUGCCCAAUUAUUUUCAAAAAAGUCAACUUGAGAAGAUGUUCUUCCUCUAUCCCGAUCCGCAUUUCAAGCGCGCCAAGCACAAGUGGCGCAUAAUUAACCAGGCCCUUCUCUCCGAAUAUGCUUAUGUGCUAAGCAGCGGGGGUCUGGUUUAUACAAUGACGGAUGUGGAGGAUCUGCACAAAUGGAUAGUGUCACAUAUGAUGCAGCAUCCAUUGUUUGAACGACUUAGUGACGAGGAAGCAAAUGAUGACCCUAUAACGCCCAAGCUCUAUCAGAGCAGUGAGGAGGGUGCCAAGGUUGUACGCAAUAAGGGUGAUCAUUUCUUAGCUAUAUUCCGUCGCAUCUAAUUUGACAAAUAUAUACACAUAUAUAUAUUUA